AUAGAAGUUGAGCAUAAAGCGCUGUGCGCUCUCCAGGAAAAGAGCGCACAUAUUUUCCCACUGCGUACAUACAAACACUAUGGAGAUUUCUGGUCUGCGGAGUUCUCUCAAUGUGUGGAUUUUUCUCCUUUUGCUGCUAUUGGCAACUGCAAGCGCAUUUAACCUGGACACAGAAAACGCGUUGAGGAAGAACGGGGAUCCCGGCAGCCUCUUUGGUUUCUCUCUCGCACUGCACCGGCAGCUACAACCAGUGGAUAAGAGAAAACUUCUGAUUGGAGCUCCUAGGGCCAAAGCUUUAUCCAAUCAGGGUGCAAACAUCACUGGGGGUUUGUACAGCUGUGACAUCACCACUCAUACGGAUGACUGUAAUCGGAUUGAGUUCGACAAUGACGCUGAUAUGCGUGUGGAGAGUAAGGAGAAUCAGUGGAUGGGGGUGACUGUGCAGAGUCAGGGGCCAGGUGGAAAGAUUGUGACCUGCGCUCACCGAUACCAGCGACGGCUGUUUGUGAACACACCACAGGAGUCACGGGACAUUACUGGGCGCUGCUACUUACUCAGUCAGGAUUUCAGCAUUGAUGGCCAGUCAGAUGAAGAUGGCGGCAACUGGAAAUUCUGUGAAGGUCGUCCCAGGGGUCAUGAGAGGUUUGGUGCCUGUCAGCAAGGUCUGGCUGCAACUUUCACCAAAGACUACCAUUAUGUCAUCUUUGGAGCCCCAGGAGCUUAUAACUGGAAAGGAAUUGUGCGAGUAGAGCAAAAAAACAACACUCUCCUGGAAAUGGGCUUUUAUGAUGACGGCCCAUAUGAGGUUGGGGAUGAAAGUCGUUUGGAUCCAGAACUGGUGCCUGUACCUGCUAACAGUUACUUAGGUUUCUCUCUGGAUUCUGGUUACAACAUUACUGAGAAGGGCAAACUGAUUGUGGUGUCUGGAGCUCCGAGAGCCAACCACAGUGGAGCAGUGGUGCUGCUGAGGAAAGAGGGUGAGGUGUCCACCAUGCUGGCGCCAGAGUAUGUGCUAGAAGGACCUGGACUUGCCUCUUCAUUUGGAUACGAUGUAGCAGUUGUGGAUCUCAAUGGAGAUGGAUGGCAGGACAUUGUGGUGGGAGCUCCUCAGUUCUUCCAGAGAGAUGGUGAGGUGGGGGGAGCAGUGUAUGUCUACAUCAACAAGGCUGGAAAGUGGAGCACUGUCGUCCCCAUCCGCCUCAAUGGAACUAAAGACUCAAUGUUUGGACUGGCAGUGGAGAAUAUUGGAGACAUCAAUCUGGAUUCCUAUGAAGAUAUUGCUGUUGGUGCUCCUUAUGCAGAUUCAGGCUCUGGUAGAGUGUACAUCUAUCAUGGAUCAGCUUAUGGCAUUAACACCAAACCAGCUCAGAUUCUGGAAGGUAGACCUCAUGGCAUAAACAUGUUUGGCUAUUCAUUGGCUGGGAACAUGGACUUGGACGACAACUCCUACCCAGAUCUUGCCAUUGGAUCUCUGUCUGAUGCUGCGUUUGUGUACAGGGCCAGACCUGUCAUCAGCAUGAAGAAGGAAAUCAAGGUUACACCAAAGGAAAUUGACUUGACAAAGAAAACGUGUGGAAACAGUAUUUGUUUGAACGUUGAUGUCUGCUUUACCUAUAAAGCAAAUCCUGUUACUUACAACCCCAAACUGACCAUUUCCUACAUGCUCGAGACAGAGUCACAACGCAGAAAGCAGGGGUUGCACUCUAGAAUGUCCUUUCUGGAUAAAAAGCCAACUGAUCAAGACUUCCAGUCUACAGGCACAUUAGAACUGAGAGGACAGAACAAGAAAACAUGUCACAAAGUCAAACUCCGACUGCAGGAGAACAUCAAAGAUAAACUGAGAGCAAUCCCUAUUGAGGUGUCCUAUGCUAUUGAGGGUGCUAAGAGAGGGAAAAGUCAGACCUCACUACCAGAGCUGGUGCCUGUGCUGGACUCGAAUAUACCAAGCAAGACCAGCACUGAAGUGAACUUCCUAAAGGAGGGGUGUGGUUCUGACAACAUUUGUCAGAGUAACCUGCAGCUCCAAUGCAGAUUCUGUUACAGAGAAUCAAACCAUGACAUAUUUCCUCCAUUGCCUAUGAAGAAUGAUAUUGCAGUGGUAUCUCUGAGUGACCAAAAGGACAUUGCUCUGGAGGUAACAGUGAAGAAUAGGAAUGGAGAUGAUGCUCAUGAAGCCAAACUAAUGGGAUGGUUUGGUGAUUCGCUUUCAUACUCUGGAUUCAGAUCUCAGAAAACUACAGACAAGCAUGUGAUCUGUGCGGCCAAUCAGAAUGGCUCACAAGUAGACUGUGAACUGGGGAACCCAUUCAAAAGAGAUUCUGAGGUAACUUUUUACAUUAUCCUGAGCACUGCCAGGAUCUCCCUCCACACCACUGAGGUUGAGGUUGACCUCCAGCUAGAGACAACGAGUCUGCAGGGGGGUUUAGAGAGAGUGAGGGCUAAAGCUAAAGUCGUGAUUGAACUUCUGCUAUCAGUGCAAGGGGUUGCCAAGCCAUCACAGAUGUAUUUUGGAGGGAAUGUUAGAGGAGAGAGUGCCAUGAAGACAGAGGAAGAAGUUGGCAGUUUGAUUGAAUAUGAAUUUAGGGUAAUGAAUUUAGGCAAGCCACUGAAAUCGUAUGGCUCAGCCUCCAUCAAUAUCCAGUGGCCUAAAGAAAGUGCUGUGGGGAAAUGGCUUCUGUACCUGGUGAAGAUCACCUCGAGAGGGCUGGAACAGAUCACCUGCUCACCAGAGAAUGAGAUCAACCCAAACGGCCUGACUGAAGGAUCCACUUUCUCAAGAAGGAAGCGUCAGGCAGAGCCAAACAGGACAUCUGAAGGGAGCAAAAUAUCUCUUUUCACAGAGAAAAGAAAAUACAAAACUCUGUCAUGUGCUGGGGAUUUGAAUUGUGUGGAUAUCAAGUGCCCUCUACAGGGAUUGGACAGUAGUGCGCACAUUAUACUGAGGUCUCGCCUUUGGAACACGACUUUCCUUGAAGAUUAUGCCUCGUAUAAUUAUCUUGACUUGAUAGUGAAAGCCUCAAUCAGUCUUGAUGUUUCUGCUAAGAACAUUGUACUGAAGAAUCCUGAGACACAGGUGAGAUUGACUAUCUUCCCUGAAAAUACAGUGGCUCACUAUGGUGGAGUGCCAUGGUGGAUAAUUCUAGUGGCCGUACUAGCGGGAAUACUGAUGCUCGCUCUGCUAGUGCUUCUACUCUGGAAGUGUGGAUUUUUCAAACGUUCCAAGUAUGAUGACAGCAUUCCUAAGUACCAUGCUGUGAGGAUCCGUAAAGAGACGCGCCACUUUACAGAUGAAAGCAUCAUGUUUGAUCCAUUUGAGAAGAAGCAGUGGAUGACUAUAUGGAGUGAGAAUGAAAGUUACUCCUGAGACUGUUGCCUCACUAAUGUGAGAGUCUGUAGGCCCUCCUGGAGUCCACUAAAUAUAAUGGAGCCUGGAUUCAGGACUUUGCACCAUCUGUGUUGUUACAAUGAAGAUUCAGAAAACUAAAGACUCCUUUCAUGCACUGGUUUGUAACACAGUAUUGGUGUCAAGUCUUAAAAUACCGAGCAAACGAUAAGUGUAAUUUAGGGAUUUUUUUUUUCUUUGAUAAGUGUAUAUGCAAUUGGGACCAGCCUUUUAAAAAUGCCUAUUUGUACAGUUGUGGAUGAUAACUGGACCACUGUAACUGAUUUUAAAUCUGUAAAUAUUGAACUGUACUUGCAUAGUGCUUAUUUAUAAUCUGUUUUAUUUAAUUAGCCAAAGUUUCUCCAGGUUCUUUCUAAAACUGUGAAAUUUACUUAAAAUACAAACAUCAAGUAGAUUAUAAGGCUAAAAUAACCUGAUAUGCACAAUGGAUCAAAGCAGUCUAGCACACUGUAUGGCAGGGUAUUAUAUUUGGGGACUCGCUGCUCAUAUUUUUCUACAUACUGGAUGUGAGUUUUGCUGUUGAGUAGAUAUUAGAUCAGAAACAAAUGUGCAGAUGUGGCUAUGAACGGCACAGAUAAACUGAAUAUUGGGACCAAGAGGAGAACAUACUAAACAAGUGCAAAGUGUGAGUUUCAGUGCCUGUAGAUGUGUGUUUCCAAAGUACCAUAAUCAUUAGAUUUUUCUGAAGAAAAACUCAGCACAUUUAAUUAUUAGGGACUUUAGUAGCUGAUAUACAAUUACAUAUGGACUGACUGAAUAUAACUGAAAGGAAUUUGUCUAUAUGCGUUUGAAUGUUUUGUUGUCCCCGUUAAUUAGAUUACUCCGUUUAUAUUACAGUAUGUGAUCUGUACCAGUAACUCUAUAGUUUGCUCUCAGUGAACUUUAGUAAAAUUUGCUGCGGAAAGUGGAGAUGACACUUCAACUCACUGGCCAUGUUAUAGAUGCACCUACUCUAGUUAAAACCAAUAAGCCAUUAAGUAGCAUAUAAAGCAUGAUAGGACUUGCUGUUAUAAGAAAAUAAUCAGUGACGAGGUGGUGUGAUGCCAUUACAACCCACAAUACAGCAUGUCCCAAACUGCUGUGUUCUUUCUAUACCACAGCAAUUUGCCAAUGAUUACAAUUUUUAUUAAUUCAAGAACAACACAUCAUACUUUUUAUCCCUUUAUUGUUACAUUUAAUGUUUUGGUACUUAAGCAAUAUAUAUAUAUAUAUAUAUAUAUAUAUAUAUAUAUAUAUAUAUAUAUAUAUAUAUAUAUAUAUAUAUAUAUAUAUUCCCUGUUAUCUACUUGUUCCUGUAAUGGUUGUUCAACAAACAAACAAACCAAAACAAUAACAACAACAAACACAGCAUGUCAUUUUACGGAGAAAUUGCAAAUCCCUCUGUCCUGAAGUCUUUCCUGUGUAAGAAAACUUAAAGGAAGUUUUUUUGUUCAGCUUUACCUCUGAGUGACGCUGGAGACUCCUUCCAAAAAUGUUAAAUACAUGUUUCCUCACAUUAAACUUCACCAUAUCAGUGAUUACACUCGUUUUUUUUUAUGUGGUGCGUCUGCCAUACAAGUCCCUGUGUAAAUAGUUAUAAUAGAAACAAUAAGAUUAGAAUUAGUGCAUUAAUAAAAACCAGGCAGAUGGCACUAUAGUGAAAGCUGCUGUUAUGGGAAAUCACUCAACACCUUCUGACCAAUCGGAAUCAACCAUUCAAGAGUGCUGUGGUAUAAACAACCAUAAUGUUUGCCAUCAAAGUGAGACAUUUUGGUACUAAUGAUUUAUUUAAAAGUGAGACAAUUGCAGGGCAUAUUAGCUUUUAUUGACCUCUUUCAUGAGUUUUACCAAAAGACAGGUAUUAGGUAGAUGCUAAUAUACUUAGGUUUAUGUAAAACACAGCACAGGCUUAAAUAUGUAUGCCCAUUGAACGGACUGUUUAAUCCGUAAUGCAAAGAAGUCAGACAGAUUCACUGGAACAUUAUGGAAAAGUACCUCAUGCCCAUGGUUAAAUAUGGUGGCGGCUCUUUAAUGUUUUGGGGCUGUUUUUCUGCCAGAGGACCUGGAAAUUUUGUUAGGAUGCAUGGCAUCAUGGACUCUAUCAAAUAUCAACAGAUAUUAAAUGAAAACCUGACUGCCUCUGCCAGAAAGCUUAAAAUGGUCAUCCCAAUCUCCUGACUUGAAAUCCAUAGAAAACCUGUGGGGUGAACUGAAUAGGAGAGAUCUGGAGAGAUUCUGUAUGGAGGAAUGAUCUCAGAUCCCUGGCCAUGUAUUCUCCAACAUCAUCAGGCAUUAUAUGAGAACACUCAGAGCUGUUAUCUUGGCGAAGGGAGGUAGCAGAAAGUAUUGACUAAAAGGGUGCCAAUAAUUGCUGCACACCUAUAUUCAACAAGUAUAUUAAUUUGUCAAUAAACCUGUCUUGUGUUUGCAAUUGUUUGAUAUCCAUGAGAGCAGAGUAUUUCUGUUAAAUUUUUUAUUUUUUUUAAAAUAUCAAAAGCAUAAACAAUAAACACAUUUUUUCACAGCCUUCUUUGCUCAUAUUUAAGGGUGCCAAUAUUAGUGGAGGGCACUGUAUGCAUGGUUACACACAAUCCAGAAAUAUAUCUAACCAUCACUGACUGACUGUGCACACUAGUGCUAAUAGAUGGAUUACACUUUACAGUUGACUUAUGGAGGUCUGAAUGUCCAUGAAAUUCAGCUGUAGAUAUAUGAUGUAGAUAAUAAAGUGAUUGUUGAGUGUAUUUUUCUAGGUUUUGUACUGUAAUACAUGAGAAUGAAAAUAUGUACUACUUUAGAAAUUAUAAUAAAAACAUCAUGCAUUGGUGUCUAUAUCAGAUGCAGAGCACAGGACUUAUUAGACUACAUUUUCUGUGUAAUUUUUGUAUGUAUAGUGGUGAAGUUUUGACAUCUCCGAAACUUACCUGAAAGAGCUUCUGAAAGCCUCACAAUAAUGCCUAAUCAUAUUAGAAGAAAAUCUAGACAGUACAUUCAGAAUAAAAAAAACAUCCUGUAUGAAUCUGGUUGUCUAGGACAUGCAUAGGGUUUCCUAUGCAAUCCUGGUUCUGCUUUAUUUAUUUAUUCAGGCUAAGAUUUUCCUCACAAAAUAAAUUGUUUUCUCCCUUUUUUAAAAAAUCGGUUUCCUUUUCAUUUGUUAUAAAUUUUUUGUUUAAGACAUACCUUUUUAUUUUUAUAUAUGGCUUAUAGAAAUGUAAUAAAAGUACAAACAAGUCACAAUGUCUUGCACUGUGAUGUGUUUAUUAAAAAAAAAAAGUAUCAAAUAAAAACACCAUAAAGCAUAAGAUUUUUGUAAGUUAAAAGUGACAUACCCAUUAACCUUCAUUUGAAGGUCCCACUCUUUGUACAAUGCCUUAUGAAAUAGAACAAUAUAGAAAAGAUAUAGUUUAAUUAAAACUUAUUAAAGACUUGCUUUAUUGCAUGUGUGCAUCAAACAGUAAAAUUACAAUUAGGAAACCUUUUUUACAUACUGCCAUAUGAUUAAUGUUAGCAAAACACUGUCGUUCGUCUUACUCUUGAGCUGGAGAAAUAUCUUUUAAUAAGGCUGCUUAAAAAAAAGUUCAUAUAAAAAAUUUACAUUUCCACAAAAUGAAAAUGAACUAUGAGCUAAAGUAAAAAAAACAACAAAAAAAACAAAACAAAAAAGACUACUGAGGAUUCUGGGAUUCUGCUGGUUUUAUCUACACAAAGUACUUUUGUUCAUUUUUAUAACAGUGUCAGACAGUCUGAAAUCACAAUGCUGAUCUGGUAGUCGUUAAGAUUCCUUGACUUUUUAAGAAAGAAUAUUAGCCUUGCAGCUCCAGCAUGUCAGGGAAACACAUCUUGGUCAAUAUGGAUUCAAGGGACAAUUACAUGUUUUUCACAGCAUUAUUAAUAAUUGAGAUGAAUACUACUGAGAUUUAUUUGCACUCAAAUAUCAUCCAUGUCACAAUGCCCAAUUUCAACAUAAAAGUGCAUUUCAAUAAUACAUCAAGCAAUGUUAUAAUGGAACAACACAACUUCAUCUACCUUACAUCCUCUCAGUACAUGUCAUGAUUGCACUGUGAACUGCUUGCAAGCUCAUGUUGGAUCAAUAGACUGAAAUAUGGCAACUUAAUGUUACUUAAUGAUUACAGGCAGCUUGCUAGUCUACAUUUUAAAUGCAAGAAUUAUAUAGGUGUCCAGAAUAACUCCAGCUUCUGACAAGACAAAAAGCCUGG